GAGAGAGAGAGCCGCACUGAGUCCGAGCCGAGCCGAGCCUUCAGCCUGCCGGGCUCCUCAUCUCCAUCUCUCUCCCUCCCUCACACAUUCCCCCCAUCCCAUCCCCUCCCUCCCUCUUUCUCCGACACAGAGUUUUGUUUAAAAAAAUGGCGUAAAGUGAGUGAUGAGUCCUGAGUCCCCACUAGCAAAGAGAGGCGAGAACUUGCUCUGCAGACUGUCUACACUUGUCCUCUCGGUUGUUUAUCACCGGCCUCCACCGUUUAUUCUUCUGGUAUAACAUCGUCUGAUUUUAGUUUUGUAGUCAUUGCAGGCGCGCUCCUUGCCCUCUUCACGCACACACGCACACACAAACAACUAACUUCAUUUCGUUUGGAUUCAAAAGUGUUUGGAAAAGUGCUUUUGAAGUGCGGCCAUGGAGAUGCAAAGCCUUCAAGAGGCACUGAAAGUAGAAAUCCAGUGUCACCAGAAACUAGUUGCACAGAUGAAGCAAGAUCCACAGAACGGAGAACUUAAGAAACAGCUGCACGAAAGACAAUCCCGAAUAACAUCUCUUAGUGAGAAACAAAAGCUUGCAGUCAGAAGUUGCCCUGUUGGGAGCACCAAACCUAUUUCACUCGUCAAGGCACCAAACCAGAGCAUAGCAAUUUCAGUGGUGCCAUCUAAGAAUCCCAUCACCAUGGUUACUGCACACAUCAAUGGACAGAAGACGCCUGGUACAGAUCCUCCACAGAUGGCCCCAAUCAAUCUGCAAACAACAAGUAAACUGGCAGGGAGCAAUUUGAAUUCCACUGGAAGGAGGGUUCCAGAGACAUCAAACUCACAGACACUGGGAACUAUUACUGCAGUGCCCAUUAAGGUCCCCCAGGUCAGCUCAUUGCAGAGGUUGGCAGGCCAAAGACCAGCAGUGCUACCUCAGGUUAGGCCAAAGACCCUAAUUCCAGACAGCCUCUCGGUCACUUUGUGCCGUGACCAGACUUCCAGUCAGCCUCAGUCUCUUCAAAAAAGCACCAUCAUCAGCAUCAAGAACCCAAGUCCUGCUCUUCCUACUGCCAACAACACUGUCAAUCAUGUGCAAACAUUGACUGGCCAAACUCAAAGUUUUACAGAGUCGCCUUUGGUUACCACGCCAAUCAGCAGUGCUGGCGUGGCUUUUGCAAUCAUCUCUGCCUCUCCCAACAUUGGUAGUUCCAUGAGCAGCAGUACGGUCUCACUGACCAGUGACACCAUCAGUGUCCAACCUCUUCUGCUCAGCACAGAUAAGGUAUUAAUCAUUCAACCACAAAGUCAGGCACACACGGAACACUUGACAGAAAAAAGAAAACCUUCCAUAGAACAACCACAGGGCCAUCUUUCUGCAAAAUCAAAGAGAGAAGAAAAUCCUGAGAAACUUGCCUUUAUGGUGUCCCUUGGCCUGGUUACUACUGAGCAUUUGGAAGAAAUCCAAAGCAGACGCCAGGAAAGAAAGAGAAGAAGCACAGCCAAUCCAACAUAUAGUGGGUUGUUUGAACCCGAGCGUAAAAGAAUUGCAACAAGCUACCUAAAUGGUUCUUUGUAUAUUUCAACAAGAGCCAAUGAGGAACUUUGUUGGAAGGAUGACAUUCAUGAAGACUACUGCACAGUGUGCAAACGUAGUGGUCAACUACUUUUGUGUGAUACUUGUUCUCGUGUUUAUCAUUUGGAAUGUUUGGAACCUCCGCUUAAGACUAUUCCCAAAGGGGUGUGGGUAUGCCCCAGAUGCCAAGAAAAGGUAUUAAAGAAAGAAGAUAAUGUAUCAUGGCCUGGGACUUUGGCUAUUGUCCAUUCCUAUCUUGCACAUAAAGCAGUGAAAGAAGAGGAGAAAAGAAAACUGUUAAAGCGAGGUACCGAGUUAAAGAGUGAACAUGAGCAGCUGGAGGAAAAGGACAGAUUGCUCAGUAAUGCUGUAACGAAAUGUCUAGAAUUGAAAACGAAUCUCAUAGCUAAACAGAAAGGAACUCGGGCCUCGCUGGAACGUGUGAAAACUCUGAUUAGACUGAUGCAGAGUGAACAAGUGAUCCAGGUUACAAUGAUGACAACCACAGCCACCUCUCGAGCAUCCCCAAUGGUUUCCCUCCCAUGGAUCAAGCCUUCAGCUGCUGCAGGGAAUCCUUCAGCCCCCUUAAAGCAGCAGUCACAAGGGAAGAACUAAAGGAACUGGCUCAUCCAGAUUUAAUUAUUGUUGUUUGGAAAUAUUUACACAUUUUUAUGUGCAGAAACUGAGGGGUGUGAUAACUGAUCAAUGCAGUACGCUAUGCAGACAAUGUUGGAGCAAAAGUGCACCAUGCGGUUAGUUUGUACUGUGAUUGCAGUCCUUUCAGCCACCACUUUGAAAGCUAAAGAGAUUUUAAUUUUUUUAUGUUGGCCUUAACUUAGAUUCUGGAACCAGAAAAUGGCCGAUUAAAAAAACAAAAUCAUUUCUCACUUCUCCAUAGCAGGUGUUUUGAACACAAGUUUGCUUCAAGGGAGAGGGAAGGGAAUAAAUGCCCAUAAGCAUUGGAAUGCACUGCAGUAGACUGACAAUUACCACAACAGAGCUGUAACAUAGAGCAUUUUCCAGUGAAAUGGGGAUCUGUUUUUAGGACUGUACAUUACUGUAACUAAGUUCAAACAUGCAAAUACUCGGUUAAGACGAUGUCUGACAUAUUUAUUCAGGUGACGCGCAAAAAUAACGGUUUUAUUGUGUAUGUAUGGGUCUUCAGAGCAUUCAAACAAAGUUUAAUUUUUUCAGUAUUAAUAUAGGUAAGAAACAUAUAAAAUAAAGUAUGAGGUUAGUAUUUAAAGUGGGAUAAUAAGUACAGUAUUUUCCUGCUGAUGCCUAUGAAACAUGUUUUAUCAAGUAUUUAAAGGGUACAACUGCAAAGUUUAUUUUGCAACUUAUCUUACUGUUGACAAUUUUGUGCAGACCAAUCUUUAAAAAGUAUAGUGGGUAUUUUAGGAAUGCUGUGUUUUCCUCCUUUGCUUUUUUUGAAGUACUGUACUUGUUUGCCAGAUUUAUAUUUUAAAAAAAUGCCAAAAAUGUGUUUCCUCCUCCAGUACUGUAUUUAUAUCACAGAAAAGUGACAAUUUAAAAGAAACCCUGGGAUAGUGAUAGAGUUGAGGGAUGUUGGGGAAGGAGGGGGAAUAUUUGCUUCUUGGUACGUGUAACUGCCUCAGACUCGUUACAAAUAAUUGGCACUGAAAAUGUUGAUGCCGGAGUCAAAAUCACAAAUUAUGAAAAGGUUUACUUUUUGUAAAUCUCUUGUCCUAUUUAGUGAGUAACACUCCAAUGGCAUUGACUGAUGUAGACAGCUACUUGAUUUACUAGCUAGUCUUCCUGAUAUUUAAAGCAAAAGGGUCUGCACCAUGGGAGUUUGGCAUGGGAAGCUUUAGGCCUGCUCUGGCAGUGCAUGUUCCCUUCAACCAUUUUCACAAUUCCGGGAAAAACUGUGCAGUACAAUGCAAAUCUAUUUUAUUACAGUCAACACUUCAAUGAACAAGAUUUUAUAUUCUUUUACUGGUGAACAAAAAAAAAAAGAAAACCACAAAAUGCCACUGGUUUAAUGCCAAUGAGCAUUUUGAUGUGGCUUGCAAUGUAAAUGUUUCAGGUUAAAUGUUUUUUGAUGACUAAAGUGAGAAACAAAUUGUUCAGUUAUAAAAUAUUAUUAAGCAAUUGAUUUUUUUUUGAAGGGUGGGAUGGUGGGUGGUGGUUGAUAAAGUCUUGGCCUGCUAGUUUAGUUCAAAAAGACUGUCCAGUGGAUAGCGUGCAUCAAAGUGAAUUAAUCUUAAUUCUGCCAAUGUAGUUCUUUUAAAAAAAAAAAAAAAAAAAAUUAAAACCGAAUUGUGAAAUCUGCUUGUACAUGUUUUAUCAACCCAUUUGCUAUCAGUUAAUUACAUGCUGUACCUCAAUGAAAAGGAUGAGUUAACUUUCAUGGGAUGCGGCUUCGAGGCAUAUCUAAUCAAUCAGUCACUUAACAUUUGUUUUGCAUAUCGAGCAUAUCUGAAUUCACUCAAUUAUUCCUUGAAGAAUUACACAAAAGGUGUACACUCUUGAACAUACAAAUAUUAGCCAAACAGGUCUUUUUUUUUCUAGAUAUUUAUAAAGAAAGGAACUAAAAAUAGCUUCAUCCGCUGACUUCUUUAACAUUGUGUGGAAUCUGCAAAUAAAAUGCCUGGUGCACUAUCUCUAAUUGGGACAUGCUUUAUGUUGCCCCAAAAUGUAGGAAAAAUGAAGUGUGCGAUUUUAGGACAAGUUACCCUCGUGCAGAACAGCGCCCAAUAAAUUGACACUUGGAAGCGCACAUUGCUUUUUGCCCGUAUAGGCGUGAUCCACACAGCAAUUUAUUUCCAUCAUUUUGCAAAUUCAGGUUUUUGGAUCAACCUAAAAAAUUAUAAAGAUCUUUUAUUAAGUUUAAAAUAUAAAGAGGAAUGCUGCGCUUCAUGCAAAUGGGGACUGUGUGGGCAAAUUAUAUGGUGUUUAUCUUUGGUUAGGUUUUUACAUUGUGGGAUAUUUGACCACAAUUGUGAAAGUGAAAAAGCCAAAAAAUAUAUUUAACUUGCUCGUUCCUUGAAAGUCUGGAUACCUUCCACAUGUACGGCCAUGCGCAUAUCCCCUUCGUUUUCAAAAUCAAAAACAUUUCUCAGGUAGAGGUAAACCAAAAUAGGUGAUCAAAGUGCAUGGUUGAUUUUUGGCUCCAUGGCUAUUGUGGAAUUGUACUUUCCAAAAACAAAUAAAAGAAAUCUGUAGUAUUCCGUCAUAUAACAACUUCAAACUUUAAAGGAACAUUAAGUGUAAUUGUAUUUCAAACAGUUGUGAUUUAAUAGUAGCUCUCUAGCAAGUGCCACUUUAAUGUUUCGUUUUAUUGCAUAGUUUUUAUUUCUAAAUGUAUGCCUACUAUGGAGGAAUUACGUGGAAAAGUAGAUUUGUUUUGUUUUUAAUGUGCAGAAUCUGAUGCACAAAUAAUACGAUUUGAUUCUAAAUUAUCACAAGGUGCAGUUGAGUGGAUCAUUUGAAAUGCUUAAGUGUAGCUGAAGGUUUUGGAAAUCUUUAAUUUUUAGUAGAAUGUUCCUUGAGGAAGAUUUGCUAAGAUAAAUAAAUCAUUUACAGAUAUAAAGUAGAACAAAUAGAAGGAAUUGUGUGGCAUGAUUUUUCUAACAUGGUGCAUGCAUGCACAAAAAAACACUCAGGCUACUCAAAAGCACAUUGCGUUCAGUGGAAAGAUUUUGACAGCAUUCCAAAUGUGUUGUAGUGUAUUGAAUGCGUGAUCUGUUACCACAGCAGUGGAAUAAUCUUGCACUAACUAUCCUUAGGUGCCAUACAUAUAAGAGCCUUAAGUAACAAAUUUCUUUUGCAGUUAUUUUAAAAUCUCAUUACAUAUUCAUGUAUAUCUGAAAGAUGGUGAAGGAUAUCAUUAGAAUAUUAUUUUAUUCAUGCUUUCUAUUAUUUUGUUAAACAAAGACGAGAGAAAUACACAAAGAACAAAUUGCAUUCAUCGUUCAUUUAUUCUGUUUGCAUGGUAUAUGCACUCUUCUGCCAGAAACACUAUUUCACAAUAUAUAAUUUAAUUGUGUUUCACGGAUAAGUAAUUUAUUUGAGUAACUAUACACAACUUAUGCAGAUAUAUAUAUAUGGACAACAGAUUUAUUUUAAGAGAUGCAAAAUAAUAAACUGUAUUUCAUUUGUGUUGUAGAUAUAUUUGUUUUUUUUCCUUCUACAUGGGCCUUAAAAAUUUUUUUAAAAAAAGAUUUUAAAAUCCCUUAGCCAACAAAUGUGCAGAGUGCCUUUAAAGGCAGAAUUAUUUUUUAAAAAGGGGAAAAAGCACAGCCAAAUCACCUCUACUAUCUUUCAUUUUGUACUUGACAUCAAAUCAUUGUACAUUAUAAAUACACUUGGAAAUAUGUGGUUGUUUUUUUUGACAAUGCUGCACUGGAUUAGAUGACUAGGCUAAUUGAUAUACAGAAAUUACACUAGAGAAUUGGAUGCCUGCUUUCCUAAUUUAAGAAGGUUCACUUGCCAGAGCAGAACUUAGCCGAUUAAUGGAACUGAGAAAAUCUGUCUGUUAAAAAUAAAUGUUUUAAAUGCUAUUGAAAGUAGACAAAAGUCAGUAUUGCAUCAUCUUAGAGUUGUUUUUCAUUGAGUUUCUUCAAACAAUUGUGAGAUGUGUUCUAUUCUGGAAGUUCAUGGCGUUAGAAGUUCUAAUUAGGUCAACAACGUAUUGCAUCCUGCCAUCAGUUUAAUGCUGAUUCCUGACACCUGCCUCCUCUCGAUCUUCUAAAUUGUACAAAUAGCCUGAAGAUGUCUCUUCCUCGUAAUUUUCCACCUUUGCCUGGCAUCAUCUUGAAUAAUCAUUUUGAGCCAAGCUGUGCCACUUUAAAAGUUUUGCUUACUUUUUUAAAUGUAUUUUGGUCCGUUUUAACUCUGCCCGAAAUGGAAGGCAGGCUUUGAAAAUGUUGCUUGUGCACAUGGAAGAUUUUAGACUGUGUGUUUUACUUUUUUCUCUCUAGAAAAUAGAACAUGGGUUCCGCACUAAUCACUGGAUGGGUGGUUUACUAAAGCAAAACGUUUUCAAAAUUAUAGAUUUCACUAAUCACUAUUGAAUGAAUACACUUAGAUAUCUGUAAGAAAAUCAAUCAGUAUUGUACUGUUCUGCUACUUUGACAUUUAUGUGGCUCUGCCUAUGGUAUGUGGAAGGUAAAAGUGCAAAUAUGUUGAAUGGAUUUGUGAGCAUUUUGUAUAAGAUAUGGUACUGCAGCAAUAACAAAAAUGUUAAAAAGUUUUUUUUUUAAAGAUUACCACCAGAUGCAGAAAGUAUUCGGAUGCCAGAUUUGUAAAUAAACUACAUUUUCUUAAUUGGAACAUCCAUGUAUUUAUAAAAUGCUUCAUGUAAUGGCAAAAAGUAUUCAAAUGAAAAAUAUGCUGUUGUUGAUAUUGGUGCUGUUUCCUCCCCCCCCCCCCCCAACACUCUUUUGAUCAUUUAUUUUGUUCUAUCACCCGAAUUUUAUUAUGCAGGUGUUUCUGGCCCAUUGUCAGGUUAAAUGACUGAGUUGGGAAUGCCUCCUCUCAUAAUAAUUGUUGUACAGUCAAAUUCCACCUAUUCCAUUUUCAGUGGUUUUUCCCUCCUCUGUUGGCAUAAUUUCCCCUCGUCCAUCCUCAGCUUUGGCUUUUCUCUCAUCCAUUUGCUUUUGUCCCUUCUCUAAUCGGGCAGAUGUAUUUGCCUGUGGAAUUCUGUUUGCCAAUCACCAGCGUCCACACUUCCUCCUGGACUUACUUUGCACAAUGUUUGCUAUCUCAUUUUCCCCAAUCAAGAGUGCCUCUCUCUUGGAUCAUAGUUCGAUACAGUACUGGUAAUAAGCAACUGUGUUGUAAGAGCAAUCUGCAUUUGUAUAUCACCUGUAAGUCAAUGAAUGAAUGAAUGAAUGAAUGAAGUGCAGUUAUGGAUGGCAGCAGUCAUUCUGCACCAGCAAUAUCCCACACAAAACAAAUGCUACAUUGUGUGUUGCUAAUGUUUGAGGGCAGGUUCCCUGCUCCUUACCUGAUGUUGGUUUGCAUACCUUGGUUUAAAAUCUGAACUAGAGGAAAAUGCCUCUGCAAUUGCAAUGCCACUGCAGGACCAUGUUUGGAUUGUAAUGUCCUGAUGAGGGCAGAGCUUGAUAUUUCAGUCCAGGAAAGAGCAGCCUCAUCCCGUGACUUCUCUUUUACCCUGGUUGGGAGUCAUUAAUAUUAAUUGUUUGGAUUAUAGGAUUACCAUAUCCAUUAUCAUAAUUUAGCAGAGUCUGAAUUUGUCUUUCUUAGCAUGUCAUUCACUUUAAUAAAAUUAUUUAAUUUCAAA